GUGGUGCGCAUUGGAUGUUCGCGGCUAGACGCGCUACUCGUAAUGGUGAUAGCUCCAUUGCAGAGCUGUUGACGUCACAUAUCCACCCUCGCUUUCCUCAAGUCAGAGAGCUUGUGCAGUCCUUUCCUCCGCAAAUCAUCACUGCAGCCGAGCCACUCUUCAGCAACACCUUCAAUUCCAUCAGAAUCACCAGAAUCAUCAAUUGAGAUCGUUCUCGACAUACACUGAUCCGCCGCAUCACCCAGAACCUUCAGCAACCUCUCCACCACCACCAUACACAAUAUGUACUCCGUACGCUCCAUCGUCGCCCGCCGCGCGCCUUUCGUCUCUGUCGGCACGGUCCAGCGUGCUGCUUUCUCGCAGUCAAUAGCUCGCAGCGUAGGCAAGGAGAGUAAGCUGCACACCGAGGGCCGCGCCGACGAGGCCGAGCAGCUCAAGCAGCAGCAGCUGAAGAACCAGAAGGAUGGCAAGGGCAAGUGGGAGGAGGGUCUUGCUAGCGACAGCGAGAGCAUCAUCAAGGCUGACAGGAGCGAAACCAACACCUCGGCCGCCGAUAACAUCAAGAAGCUCCAGGAGGAGACUGCUAAGGCCGCCAAGGACCAGUAGAUGCAUCGCUUUUACCGAGCAGCGCCGUUGCCGUGUCUACAUCACCCGCAGUGGAAAGGAGCGAGGACCUCCCACAAGAGCUAUACCAAAAAUAUACACGACUGAGCUUGGUGCUGAGGCGAGAACAUGACUGUAACAUUUCCUUAUAUCAAUUUCAAACGAUCAUCCAACGUAUCUGAAAGCCUACACAUGGUUUAGUCACAUUUGACGGCAAUGCUGAUUCUAUUCUGCUCCACAAUAGAGCAUCUCUAAGGAUGGCAUCUCCGUCAGCU